CUCCGGACCGCGAGCAACGGCUCGAUUCGCGCCGUCGUCGGUCGCGACGCACCCUCCCGACGCGCGGAACCACCCCUACGGCUAUCGCUCGUGAUCGCGCGGCGGCGACCUACCCCAAGCGUUCGCCGCGGCGCCAGGAGAAAGAGCGACGAAAGUCAGCAGAAGUCAGAAAAUAUCCGGGUCGACCUCGCGGACGAUCCAUUAGCGAGUAACGUCGUCGAAGCGCCAGGGCGACCGGAAAGAGCAAGAGAGGAAGAGAGAGAGAGAGAGAGAGAGAGAGAGAGAGACAUCCGUCCUUCGCGCGUUUCGAGUGCGUAAUUAAUCGCGGGGACUUAAUCGAGUGCCGAAUUAAUCGCGACAGAUUUACGAGCGGUUGUGACAGUGCCGCGUGACACUCGGGCGCGAUUAUGAAACGCCGUCGCCGGUGCAAGUGAUUUAGUAAUAGUAGUCCAGAGAGGAGGGAAGGACCUCGCGCACGCCGAGUGAGAGCUACGAGCCCGUGUGUCGCGGGGAUACCCGGAAGAUGGAUCGCGUUUCAGAAAACAUCCAGGAACACUGAUCCCCCGACCGCGGCCCGAGUAAGGAAGAAGGAAACGCCGUGAAGAAAACGUUCUUUCGCUGCACGGCUGCAGGACGUCUUCUUCUCGGCAGUCUAAUUAAUCUUCCAGACGUAACGAGCGGACCGCCCGCGGGAGCUCCGUCGCACGACACCCUGAGGAGGCGCCCACCUCCCCGGGUGUAAAACUGCGAGCCGCCGAGUAGUACGAGCUGUAAGUAAGCCAGCCAGCACCUUACGUCUUCUACGACGACAGGGGGACGAGGACGGCGCGCGAGAAGAUUCGACGUUCGGGAUGCCGUCUUAAUUAACAGAGCCGCUUCACGACUAACCGAGGUUCAAUUUCCUUAAAUACACUCGUUACACGGAUAGCUCGAUCAAAGUGUCAAACUCAAGGUCGGCGCCGACGUAAAUUAAAGACCAUCGACAUCGAUAGCCCUCGCUUAAGUGGUUUCAACCAGCGGCACUUUGCGCCGCCGGAGCAGAGGAUCGAGAGAGACGCGGCUGACGUGUCUUCGAUUACCAAUCGGCUCUAGAUCUCUCGAAUGCCGUCGAGAAGAAGUCGAUAAGGGCGCUCCACACGGGAGUCUUCCAAUCCUUAAGGGUAGAUAGAAAGACGACAGGGGGGGAGGGGAGAGAGCGGGAGAAACCUCUGAAAGCCUGUUCCUGAUCAAACUAUCGAGGCAAAUCCCCGAGGCGAGACGGUGCUUCGAAAGUCAUCUUCGCCGAAGAAUUCGCAGCGACGAGGUGAGCUCGAGGCGAGCUCGAGGCGAGACGAGAAACGUGCGAGAGAGCUACAGCUCAUAAGUGAUUAAAAAUAGUUCGGCGAAAGGUGCCCGUUGAGUUUGCGCGCAGUUGGCCAACUCGAUCGACGCGCAAUUUCACGAAGAUCGACGAGCAAGCGAAGAAUCAAGCCACGGCGAGCGAACCUUCGUUUCGGGCAAGCAGCACGGCGACGCUGAUAGACGGCGCUCUCGGAGCGAUACGUCUCGCAAGAUUAAUUCCGAAAGUGGCCGGAGCUAUUUCGAGCCGCGGUAGGAAUUGAGCGAAUCGAUCAAGGCGCAUUACCUUUGCUCAAAGAGCACCGGCCGCAUUAACAGGGACGGUUGACUUCGGAGACUUUAAGUGGCAGAACGAGUGGUGACCGGGCGAAAGGGGUGAAUGAGAAAAAGAGAAAGAGCGAGACAGUAUUCCGAGCGGAGAUAGAACAAGAACUCAGAAGAGGCGCAAGCGGAAUAAGAAGCGCGGAGAUAGCAGCUGUGUCGGACGGGGGUCUAUGGCGAUGAGACCGGAAGGUUAAUCUGGAAGGUUGGAUAGGGCGAAGAACGGAGAGGCUGAAGUAGCUAUCGCGACGGCGGAAAAAGUGGACCUUCGACCCGGCUGGAUGUGAGAAAUUGGAGGUGGGCUCGAGGAUGUGUGAAGACGAAUGCGCCGAAGAUAAGAGCCGGUUCAAGUGGAAGGCGAACGUCGAUCCUUGAACUCUGUUAUCCCAGCGAGAGGGAGCGUGCGCUCUCCACGUGCACGACGCGAUAAGAAUCGAAGUGCGUUUGUCUCGGGAGAUCCAAUCGAAAACGCAAGAGUACGUUUCGCGUGCCGGCCUCUCCUGCGAGAACUCGCCAUUGAGAUCUCGAUCGUCCGAGAGAGAGUUGCCGGGCAAGUCUUUCGAGGGAGGUCGUGUAUGCGCGCGCGAAUCGAUUAGAGUCGCAAACAGCCCGACAGUCGCCGAGCAAGUUAUCGCGGAAUUACCGGCGACUGAGGAUGCUAGCGGUGAGCAGCGAUUCCUCGGGUGCUAAUUAACCGGAGACGCGAGAUCGACAACGGAGGAUCAGCGAUCCUGUUGCACAUUCGGCCGUCCUACAUUCCGGUUGAAGGAAGUGCUGCGGGUGAGCCGGUGGGUGGAACGGUGAUGGCAUGAGGACAUUAGUGAGGACGCGCUGCGGGUCCAGCGAGGAGGAGGAUGAGGAUGGUGGUGGGCGUGAUGGUCCUUGGUCAGCUACUGACGAGGAUCCUGCUCGCGGCCCACGCGGGAGAUCGCCUCGCGGCAGCUCGCAGAAUUCUCAGAGACGUGCCGUUGAUAGAUGGGCACAACGACCUACCCUGGAAUAUACGGAAGUUUCUGAAGAACCAGCUGAGGGAGUUCAGGUUUGAUGACCUAAGGGACACCCAUCCUUGGUCACGAAGCGCUUGGAGCCAUACAGAUCUCAGGAGAUUGAAGGAAGGCAUGGUUGCAGCGCAGUUCUGGUCCGCGUACGUACCCUGCUCGUCGCAGCAUCUCGACUCAGUGCAGCUGGCCCUGGAACAAAUAGACCUUAUUCGUCGAUUGGUCAACAAGCAUCCCGAGAACAUGGUCCUCGUCACUACAGCGGAAGGUAUCGAGAGGGCGCACAAGGAGGGUAGAUUAGCGAGCCUGAUAGGGGUCGAGGGUGGCCAUGCCGUGGGGACAAGUCUGGCGGUGCUGAGGAUGCUGUACGAGCUGGGCGCCAGGUAUCUCACCCUCACGCACACGUGCAACACGCCUUGGGCAGACUGCAGCACGGCGGAUGAACCCGGUCAAGUGCCUCAAAUCGGUGGUCUCUCGAAUUUCGGCAAGAGUGUCGUGUUGGAGAUGAAUCGACUUGGGAUGAUGGUGGACCUCUCUCACGUCUCGGUGCCCACGAUGCUAGACGCCAUGGCGACGUCGAGGGCGCCGGUGAUUUUCAGUCACAGUAGCGCUCACGCUCUCUGCAAUUCCUCGCGAAAUGUGCCUGACCACGCGCUGCGACAUUUGGCGCAGACCGGUGGUAUAGUUAUGGUAUCCUUCUAUCCCCAUUUUAUCAGCUGCGGCGAAAAAUCGACGCUCGAGGAUGUGGCAGCGCACAUCAAUCACGUGCGGAAGAUCGCCGGGGUGGAUCACGUCGGUAUCGGAGCUGGGUACGACGGGAUCAAUUUGACACCGACGGGCCUGGAGGACGUCAGCAAGUACCCGGAGCUCUUCGCGGAAUUGCUAGCGCGUGGCUGGUCGGAGAGAGACAUUCAGAAGCUGGCUGGCCUGAAUCUUAUACGGGUGUUCAAGGCAGUGGAACAGACUCGCGACAACAUGGCCGCGGAAGGUAUGGAGCCACUGGAGGAGGAGAUCCCAUACGAGGACAUAAUCGGUCGCGAUUACUGUCGUUACAACAUAAAGGGCCUGAUGGCGCCUUAAGUCGUCGGAGUCCUCUCUUGGCGCGAGGAAGCAACGAGACGCCGCGGAGCGCAAACACGACGUUGGCGAUCGGGGCGGAAACAGAGAGAACGAAGCGAUCGAGAGGAAGAAAUAAGAUCACUGCCCCAGUGGGAGUAAAACUCACCCCUUACAACUUUACUCCAAGUUCGCGACCGCUCGCAUCUCCCAGGGACGGCUCGAUGUGUGUCCGCCCCCGCACACACAAAAACGAAUACACAUACACGCGCAAAUACACGUACUCUGUUCCUCCCCCAACUCCUCUUCCUCACAUACUCUCUUUCUCUCUCUCCCCUUUCGAUCCUCCUCGACGUUAUCCGCGAUUCUCAUCUUUGUACGUAAGUAGGUAGGUAAACUCGAUUUCCGCCAGAGAUACCGGAGCUGCGAGAGAUGCGAGUGCUCGCGAAGGAUAUCGAGCGAGACGGCCAAUGGCACGUCAGUACCGCGACCGGAGGUGCGAAGCUCCCGGCAAGAAUUGCAGCUGGAGCGAACGUGGGAAAUAACCGAGAUCUAAUUCGCGAUUUCGCCUCGAUGGCCCGCUAUCCGCGGCUAAACACGAUAGAUCCUCGUAAUUAUUGAUUGUCGCAAUGUGCACCAGUCGUUACCGUCGACUUUUAAUCGCGCGCUGUCUCUCUGACUUGCCAAUAUCUCGAACAAAAACUCGCUUAAACGUCAAAUCGGUUGUUAGGUUCGUGCACGCCACGAAGCUCGAUCCAGCCGUGGAUCGAUUCGUUCCGCGUCCACGAUCUUUAUCACAUUUAAUAACCGCGCACAGCCUAAUCGAUUAUCCACGAUAAUAACGGUAUGCUGCGUAUCAAUGAAGCAACGGUCUAUUAAUUUGAGACUAGCGUGGACAUUACUAUUGUGGCGCUAUUGAUUGUUCCAACGGGCCAUUGUCAAGCUACUGUAUAAUUUAUCAACUUACCCUAGAAAAUCAAAUAGUCAAACGACGAAUGCACGUCGCAAAAUUACGCCAUGUGCUUGGGCCAACUUGCGAGUCCCAUUCGACGGUAACGAAUUGCAGCGCCUUUCCCAUCACUGCCUCGUUUUAAUCAAUUCGUUAUUUACUUAUAUCAAACGGAACGCACAACGGCCUUUAUCCGCAGGCAUUGAUCACAGAGGAAUUACGCGACUGUAGAACGAUCGCGAGAAUCACUGUGGCGUACGAUCGUCCGAUUGUAGCGUUGCGGUACUGAUACGUGCACUCCGUCAUGCGAUGGUUGUAUGAAAGAGCGCGUGCCUCGCGUGCAUCGUCGACGAGAGGAGAGCUCGAUCGAGCUAUCGAUGCUGGCUGAAAAGGUAAGAGCUAAAAGCGAAGAGCGAAACAUCGAUCGGCACGACACAACGAGGCGAUUAAACGCACCUUAUCACUGCGAUACGAAGACCAACGCGUUUGUAUAAAUGUUUAACGAUUUAGCCACGGGCAUACUCGAUGUUAAAUUUGUACUCAGCGAUUUCCUCGUCGAAGCUGGAACCAAAAAAACACUGUCCUAGUCAAUAAUUAUAUUAUAUAUACAUCGCGACACACCGAUCACGUGCGACGGAAUAAUGGGCGACUGCUCCUAGUGCGAAUGGAGAAUCGUUUGAGGAUGUAAAACCGUACGAAAGAGAGCAAGAGAGAAAGAACGAGAGAGAGAGAGUGAGUGAGUGAAAGUAAGAGAGAGAAAGAGUGAGUGACGCAACGUGCGUGCGUGUGUGUGUGCGCGCGAAUGACUACACAACUUGUACAUACGGUACCUGAAGUCGAAAAAAAAAAAACAUAUUCCUCCAGCACGUCAAGCCGGCCAUGUUGGAUCGAAGAGCCAAGUCAGCCCGGGCAUCCUCGAUUCCACUUAAGCUACACCGACAUAAAGUCGCGUCGGGUAGGCAAAAUAUUUCGAUAUUCCGGCUCGUUGUCGUCGAGUGUAGGGAAGACCGGGUCUAGAUGGCCCCCAAGGGUCAUGUUACUCAUGUGCUUUUUUUAGUAUUUAUUUUGAGGAAAGCAGCGGAUAUAAAAUCGCGAAAUAAUUCUUUUAGAGUAUAGAUACUUUCGUCUGAGAGAAUUCCAUUAAAAUCGGCAUAAUAUUACAGUUGAAAAAUAGAAAAAAUUUGACUUGUGUAGUGCCACAGUAAAUUGUCGAGUCUUGAAAUUUUCUAGUAACAUUCUCCAUCGCGAAUGAAUAAAGUUAAGUGACGUGUUAUACCAGGUAGAAUGAAAUUUCUCGCAAGCGUAUGCUAUACUGUUGAUGAUGAUGAAAGCAAUUUUCAUUCAUAAAAUGAGUGAUAUCGAGUAUAUGGCCGGACGGGGUAAAAUUAGUCCAUAAUUGAGGGCCGACAGGAGGACCGUGGAGAUCUCUAGCGGAUCCUUCGGAACUACUAAGAUAUACAUUUUAUGUAUUGCCUUCUUUAUCCUGUGCUUCUGGGAAAUUUAACCGGGGCAAGGUAGACGCGUUGCUGUGUUUUUAUGUUGAUUAUUAUAGAAUAAAAUGCUUAUUAUAAAAUUUGGUUAUUACAAAACAAAAUACAGUUAACAGGGAUCGUAACAAACAUAAGCACAGAAGAAAGCUAUCAGAUUUAUGUAGUUAAUCACAACAAUUAGUUGUUUGAGAAGCUGUAGCUUUAUAAUUCUGAAAUAUGGAGCAUCUAGCCCCGGUCUACCCUACUCGGUGGUUUUUUUCAGGACUGAUCCUUUCCCCAGUCUCGCCGAUUCGAGAUGGUAGGCUUGACCAACAACGCGAUCUACAAAGAGCUACGAACGAGGGCUAAUCGCGAAGCGACGCGCCGAGUCGACCAAGUCGACGGACAAGCAUGUCGCUCGAUACUUGUGUGUAAGCCUUUCCUACGAUUUUGCACGAUCGAAGUUGAACGUCGAUACAUAUUACGUCGGCGUAUAUCAAAUUCAACGGUGAUUUUUUAAAUUCUAUACCGUGGCUACGCCACAACCCGUCGCCGCCACCGCCGCCGCCGCCGCCGUACGAUUCUGAGAAGGAGAGAGAAAGAGGUAGAGAAAGAGGACGCGGGAUUUUCUGUCUCGCGCAGUUUCGCUCUCGCACGCGCGGACCGUUUUGCACCGAAAUUUUAUCAUAGCGAAGAGCACCGGUGAAAAGCAUCGGAGCACUCGAACGAACGCAUCGACUUCCCUCGUGCCACGACGAUAUGGUCGUUAAUAACUCUCCAUUGAGCGGCUAUUUGAAUUCAACGCAAAUCACUCAGCACACGAGCGAUACACACCAAACGUCGGAAAUAUUCGCGCACGACUUUAUUCGGAACGAAGAAUUCAGUUACCUUUAAUCGGCCGAUAUUACGCUUCGUGGUACGCAGGUACCACGCGCCAUGAAACUGCGUGAAACCGCGUAGACGUCAUAUUUCGUUUAUUGUGUUCUAGCAAAAGCAACACGAUGCAGUCGAGAGUUAAUCAAACCGAUCGACCUAACGACCAUUCUCGUGCCGGCAGAAUAGGAUCGACGAAACGCGAGCCUCGUAACUUAAUAUCUUAUAAGGUUUCGAAAGCUACUGGUAUCCAAAAUAAAUCUACGGCAGGUCGAAAACGCCGUCGUUGCAAAAA